ACCCCAUGUUCGAAUGUCUCGUAAUUCAAACAACAACCGCCGCGACGGAGCGAUUUAAUAUCCACUCUACUCUGACUUUCGUUCGUUGAGGUUUGCAAUCGAGGUGACCAAGAGGGAACGUCAAGACGCCCCCGGCUCGGGUAUGCCUAACCCGCCAGCUGUGCCCACCGUCCUUUUGAACUCGGAGGAUAUCAGAGUCGAAACUUUUCGCAAGUUCGGGAUAGAACACUCAUCUGAACAAAACCUACCGAAGGAGGCUCUCCAAGUGAUCGAGUGUCUAGCAAGAGCGUGUCUGCCGAUCAUCGGCGAACACUUCAGGGAUGCGAUCCGGCUCCAUGAAGCCAAGCAAAAACUCACCGAAGACCAGGGCAAAGAAAGCAGACGUGGUGAUCCUGAGGAAACCGUCUCCGAAGUCCUCGAGACUCUCCACAGGAAGCACAAGCGUUUGACAGCUCAAAAAGAAGUCGACAGAUCCGUGGCUGUGGCAUGUCAGUCAUCAGCUGAUUUGUUGAAUCGAGGCGGGCAGCUCCUACAGAAGGCCGCGCCUCUACUGACGGUUCCGAGCGUCUUGUCGGGACAUCUUCAGUCGUUGAAACGAAUCAAAGUGCCCAAGCUCGCGAGAGCAGAAGGGAGCUUGCCAUCCCUGACCAAAAUGAUUGAAGUCACACAGAGCUUCGAUGAAGUCGCCAAAUAUUCUUUGCUAUGUUUCCUCCAAAAACGAGUCGUCGAUUACAGCGACGGUGAACGAGCCAUCAGCGUACUCUCGAACGCGGUCGCGGAGCUCAACAACGACAUUCAGAGAUUGCGAUCAACGCCUCGGGACACGAAACUCGGGAGUAACAUCAUGAAUAUUCUGGCUCAUGUUUGUGGAUUGAAGAAACUCAGCUCGGAAGUUCUGCGCAUUUGUCUCGAGCGCGAGAACGUUUCCGAGCAGCUCGGAGAGGAUAUCGCCAGAAAUUGUGUGAGGAUCAUCACCAGUAAGACGGCGAAAUUAGGGGAAGUUCGAAUAUGCGGGACCGUGGACACCGACCAGAUGUUGACCACAGAAACCCUCCAAGAAAAUCUCGUUGAGAGCAUACAGAGAUUGAGUGCCGAGAUAAGCAGCACCGAAGUCAUAGAAGACAGCAUACGCGCGUCUUUCGAGGAAAUCUGCAACUCGAGAGAGCUCCAAGCGACCAGUAGCUUGUUGCCAAUCCAGAGAAGCCUGUAUCCAACGGUGCAGCCCAUUCCGGUAGUCUGCCCGAUAUUGAAGAAUCCAUCGACGGUCCUCGAUGACACCCUACUCGACCUCGAUCUUGAGCCUCGGAUGGAGAAGCUUGUUAUCGACUCUCAAGAGAAUUCUUCUGCCCUAGAAUACCUAUCUAGCUUGGAGUUCGGUGUGGACGGUUCCAAAAUUCACGCGGCACCUCUCAUUCCUGUCGGAAACGUGGAUGAGGUUGUGCACGAGCUCACCACUUUCGAAACCCUCCGCUCUCUCAGUGAAUUCGUUAGCGCCCAAUAA